AUGUCCUCAUCUACCCCCAACAACAACAACAACAACGCUCCUGGAGCACCGCCACCUGGUCCUCCUCUAGCAAUGCUCUCCCAGCCCGCCAAACGUCUCUACUGGACGCUCCAAGGCCCCCUCUCCACCGCCGUCACCGUCAUGCCUCCAGACCUCAACCCCGACGCCCCACGCGACGCCUACUUCCGCCAAACCCUCGCCGGCACCACCUGGCACCCCAUCUCCGAGUCGCCCAUGACCGAACCGCCCGUCGCCUCCCUGGAAGUCAAGGAAACCAACCUGAUGGACUGGCGCGACAGCUGGUGGACCGCGAACCAGGAGGGCCUCGACAACGAGGCCGACGAACCGGAGGGGGAGCGGGAGCCGCCCGAGUUUAGGCCGCUGGUCGUGAGCGCAUCGAACGGGGAGUUUGUGACGGUGCACGAUUACGUCACGGCGGUGCAUCCGUGGCUUAUAGGGCAGAGGGAGCAGGUUCUCAAGGCGAGGAACGCGGCUGAGGAUGACGACUACGAGCCUGAGGGGAACGAGAGGUUGUUGCUGCAGCUGAAUCGGCCGGCUGAGAUCAGUGUUGAGGACGAGGACGAGUGGAAGGAGUCGUUGAGGUGGAGGUUUCGGAACGGGCGGACGUGA